AUGCCAACGGUCAACACGGUGACGGUGCCCUGGUACGUGGAAGCGUCCUCGACGUCGAGCAACGACACCGCGUCCUCCUCUGUAGGCAGCGUGGGUCUGUGUCUGUUCACCGCCAGCCUUUCGGACAACACACUGACCGAAACGGUGGAGGUGUGCGAUACGACUGUGAGUCCAACGUACUACAUUGACUCGGCCAAGAUAUCAGACACUGUGAUCGCACUGAGCUACUUCGAUACAGCCAACAACUACGCACUUACAGUGUCACUGGUUGAGUUCUCCGCCAUCAAACGUUCCCCCACGUUCCGUAGCAGCUACGUGCUCGACGAGUCUGUGGGCUCGAUGGACUUUGGCUCUGCUUUCGGCUUCUACCCGACGCCGAUCGUUCGUGUGCUGUCCAAUAACCGCCUGGCCGUGGGUUUCCUCAAUUCGGCCAACUCCGGAAAGCCGAGCAUCAAGGUGCUUUCGUACUCGUCGGAUCUGACGCUGUCUGAGGAGUCUCCGGUGCUCCCUGUGGCCAACGCAGACUUCUCUUUGGCGUCGGCCGACCCGAACGCUGUCGGCGCGAUCGUCUUAGACGUGGUGGCCACUGAAACCGGCGCUCUUAUCGGCUACGCAGGUCUGUGGGCUGGUGCUCAGAACCAGCGUGUGGCCCUGGUGGAGUCGUUCGGCAAACCUGUGGGUAUCGUAUCUAACGUGGACGGCUCGGACGUUGACGUCGCGCUGUCUGGCACCGUCGACAUCUCCAGCUCGCUUGUCAAGGGAACAACAUACUACGCCUCGACUGAAGGUACGCUGUACGCUGCCUCAACCACCUCGACGGACAACUACAUCCUGGCCAACGACAAUACCGUUGUUAUUUCAAAGGACGCACUGGUGGGCGUCGCUGUCGGCAGCGACAAGCUUGUAGUCACGGUUUAA